AGAUACAAUUACCAGAUUCAGCCACAGCUCAAGCUCGUGUUCAGCCGUCGUCCAGCAUGGCGAAUGUCCAGGAUCUGGUUGGCGCUAUUGCGUUACUAACAGCCCAGUUUAGAGACCAACAGGCGCAACAAAACACCAACAACGCCGCGGUACAACAGCAGCUUCAACAGGCCCUCGUAGCAACAAACGACCUAGUAACAGCUCUGACUGGAGCUGCUGGAGGAGGUGGUGCUGGUGGAGGUGGUGGUGGCGGAGGCGGGGGUGGUGCAGCCCGUGUAAAAAUUGAUAAUUGUAUUAUUGAGUCUAUCCCCAAAUUUACAGGUGGCCCAGACGAAUCGCCAGAUGAGUUCGUGGCAAGAGUGGUGGCAUUGGCGACAACGGAAGGAUGGGACGAUGGCCAGAGGAUUCAGGUCGCGGUACGACGAUUAGGCCCAACCGUAGCAGAUUGGCACGUUCGUGUUGGUAAUACACACGCAGCAUGGAACGACUGGUCAGCAGCAUUCAGGACGGCAUUCGCAACAAAGAUUUCUCUCACCGACUGGACGAGCAAGAUGGUGGCCAGAGUGCAACAGCCAGGCGAAUCUGUUAUGCAAUAUGCAAUGGCCAAAGAAAAGUUGUUGGCUAUGGCUCCUGUCGCGUUGACCGACCAGCAAAAAGUGCAAGCGCUCACUGAAGGUCUACGCUCAUGGCAACAUCAGGCGGCCGUUAUGAGUACGAAUCCAGCCAACGUCGCAGCGUUCUACACGGCGUGUAAUAAUCUGCCUACUAGCUUGGCCGCACCAGCAGCGGAGAAGCCCUCAAAAUCAGCUGAUCCAGUCGACCCAUCAGCUGCGCUAGAAGAAGUUGCAAACCGGUUGGUGAAUGACUUGGCCGCCCGAUUAGAAAAAAUUGUCAUUAGCAAAAGUGAAGGAGUCAGUGGAUAUGGCGCCGGCGGCGGGACGGCAGGCAGACCUCGCGGAGCCAGCAAAACGGAUCUAAUUGUACAAAAAGAAAAAUUGGUGCCAGUUUCGAAACCGGAAACAGCUGAAGUGUUGACCACCAGGACAACACCAAAGAAGAUAAGUAGCAAAUCGGUGCGAUUCGGGGAAGUGCGGGUGACAGGUUUUGAUAGAAGAAAGGCCGCCGUAGACUCGAAAGUCAGUGAACACACCUAUCAGUGUGGUGAUGAAGAGGAACCGUGGGACAUAACGGACGAGCUAAUCGCCUCCUUCCAAGAGAAAGGGAGGUAUCGCAAGAAAAGAGGGGGCCAGUCUGCAAAAAUUUUGCGUCGCACGGCCAUCCCAGUAGAUUCACUGAAAUUCGUAGCAUGUAGAGUAGGCUCAAAACAAACGGGAACUCUGUUAGUGUGUCCGAUCCGUUGUUCCUUUCCUGGGAAGGAAUUUUGUGUGCCCUCUUGUCUAGUCAGCAUUAAGAGGGGAAUAGUAAGUGUGCCCGUCCUCAAUCUUAGUACGGAAACACUUCAUCUAAAAGCACGAGACCGGCUGACCGAGAUUGAGUGUGCUUAUGAUGCGCAGGUACAACUAGUGGAAGACCAGGGUCCUUUGGAAAACGAAGAGGAGGAAACAUCGUCGGUAGAGUCUCUAAUGUGUGCUGCUGUACACUGGAAGGAGCGGUGGGCCGCGAUAAAAGAAGGAAUUCAAUUAGGAAGCGGACUCAACGAAGAACAGCGCCUGAGGGUGCUGGACGCUGUGUCCAAACAUAUCAAGUGUUUUCCCACUGAUGGUAAGCUUGGCUCUACAUCGCUAGUGGAGUUUUCGAUGGACACCGGAGAUGCAAAGCCGCAGCGCUCAAACCCGAUUCGAGCAUCGUAUAGUGAACGAAAAAUUAUCGCUCAAAAGGUGGAAGAAUUUGUGCGUAAAGGUCUGGCACGGCCAUCUACAAGCCCCUGGGCCGCUAGCGUCGUCCUUGUAAAGAAAAAGGAUCAAGAUUUCCGCUUCUGUGUUGACUAUCGGAGAAUAAAUAGUGUGAGUAAAAGGGACGUAUACCCACUCCCGCGUAUUGAUGACGUUCUAGAUCGAUUGGCAGGAGCAAAGUGGUUUGCCAGUAUCGAUCUCCUCAGCGGAUACUACCAGAUCCCGGUGGCAGAAAAAGAUAGAGAGAAGACCGCGUUCAUCACACCAGACGGUCUGUAUGAGUUUACAAGAAUGCCGCAAGGAGUUCAUAAUGGUCCAGCGUGCUUCCAGCGCUUAAUGGAUAGAGUGUUACGACAUCUGAAGUGGUCCAUGUGUCUUGUUUACUUAGAUGACUGUCUAGUAUUUGGCUCCAACUUUGACGAAUUUUUGGAGCGACUUCAUCUCGUCUUAACAGCCAUCGGUGAUGCCGGCCUCACUAUCAACCCUGAGAAGUGUGUGUUUGCGACGGAUAGUGUUUUUCACCUCGGUCACGUCAUCGACGCCGAAGGAAUACGGCCUAAUCCUGAAAAAGUCAGUUCCCUCUCCAGAAUGGUGGUGAAAAACGUGAAAACGCUGCGAAGUUUUAUAGGUGUGGCCUCAUUUUUCCGGAAGUUUGUUCCAGGGUUUUCAGUCGUCGCUCAACCUCUGUUUAAAUUGUUAAAGAAGAAUGUACCGUGGAGCUGGGGCACCGAGCAAGAGGAAUCAAAGAAGAAACUGGUCGAGUUACUAACAACUGCCCCAGUACUGGCUCACUACAAUGAAGAUAUAGAGGUGGUGGUUCAAACUGACGCGAGUCAGGAGGGUCUGGGAGCGGUGCUGCUUCAAGACGGCGGAGACGGGCCACGGCCGAUUUCUUAUAUCAGUCGGGGCCUGAACGAUGUUGAAAAGAGGCAGCAUUGCAACGAACUCGAGUGCCUUGCGUUGGUCUGGGCGCUGGAGAAAUUCAGACCGUAUGUAUAUGGUAAGAAGUUUAAGGUAGAAACGGACAGCUCAGCUGUCAAAUGGUUGUUCAGUAAAAAGGAAGUGAGAAAAUUUGGUCGUUGGGUUUGUUGCAGACGGCCCCGUCUGUCUCCUUACUCCACCUAUGAGUCCCUUUCUGUAUUGUUUGGGUGCCCUGAGGGCCCUUGUGAUUGUCCCUUGUGACCGUCAGUUGGCGGGACUGUCACGUAAGCCGGCCGGCGCACGAGUAGGACAGUUAGACCUGGCGUAGCAGUCGAGACAAGUGUGUCUCCGUAAGUCUUACUGUCGUAAGCAAGUUUAAGAGAGAGCUUUGGCCAACACCUGGCUCCUUCGCGUGCAUUGUGUUUCUUGUGUUUAAUAUAUUCGUGUAAGAACCCUAA